AUGGUGUCAACAGAAUGGAACCCCCAUAAGCGCACAACCGUUCGAGCUCCUGACAUUGGCGCAUCGUGUUUUCCAGCCAACCCCAGCAUCAUUACCAGGACGUAUCCGGCCUCCUGCGAGCCGCCGGCGACCAUGUUCUCGUCCGUGCUGAUGGCGCGAUCAACAUCGUACCUCAAAUACAGUCGACCGCCCGACAACUACACGACGCCACCGUUCCCGUCGCUCUACUGGCCGCCACAGGACACGCACAGCGCCGGUAGCCUCUACUACCUGUUCGACAUCUGGCGCUUCACCCUGCUGUGGACGCUGAUCCUGUACGCCAUCUUCCACAUUGGCGUCGCGGCCGUCGCGCUGUCGGUCCAGCUGCUCUUCUCCGGUCGGCCAGCCUACUGGCGCUACCUCUGGACGAUCCCGGUGUCGUAUGCCGUCGUGGCCGGAAUCCAGGCCGUGUUUGCCGGCAGCUUUGUCGCCCUGAUCAUCGGCGCCGCCUACAUCUCCGGCCCGUUCUGGAUGUCCACAUGGAUCCCCUUUAUCUGGGGUUGGGCCUGUGUGCUCGUCAUCUUGAUCUCGUCCUUUUCUAUCCAAGGUGGUCUAUGA